AUGGAUUCCACUUCUACUAAUACUGCUGCUAAAAUUAAUGCGGCUGAAAUAAUGGAAGCUGCAGACAGUAAUGGAACAGAUAUAACGCACAGAGCUAAAAGCGCUAAAAGUGGGGGGCAGAAAGUAAUGAGUGAUACUGACAGAAGUAAAAAAGUUGCAAAGAGCAGUGCUAAAAGUGAAAAAAAAGUGACAAAUGCUUCUAAAACUAAACAACGGACUGUUGGAGGUAAUCAGAGAACUCUUAAUAUCAUUAGAUGCAUUACUGAUUAUAUGGUCUUAAUGGCAUUCAGAAAGUACUGCAUUAAAGGACGGGGUCAAGCAAUUCGAAAACAGAUACUCAAUAAAAAUUUUUAUGAAGAUGUGUUAGACAGAAGGAAUAUGCAGCAGCUAAAUGUGGGCUAUUUAAGACCAAUAGAGAUGUACGAAAUUAAAUUGGUUUUACAAGAAUUACGAAAACGUGGGCUUCUGCUGGAUGAGCCCGAUGGAAUUAAUAUUCCUGUACUGGAACAAUGGUUCAUUGAUAUAGAGUUGGAACUUGAGAACAAAAAAAAAGAGCAUACAACCAUUUUGAAAGAGCAAGAUUUAAUGGCAUUAUUAUCUCGACAAACGGGACGUUCUUCCACAGUGCAACGAACAUCACCUAGAAAGAUCCGUGAACUUUAUGAGAUUCACUCUUUUGCACUUACAGAAAAACAGAUUCCGAGUGAGGAAGAGAAUGCUCAGCGAAGAGAAGUAAUUCCUGAAAGUAAACCAGUAGAUAACAGUGGAUUUAAUGAUGAGAAUAAGCUAUUCUGGGAUGAUGGAUUCGCACUAAAGCAAUGA